AUGUCGACUCCCGGUGUUCUGAUGGGCGUCACCGUCCCCAUGCCUACCUACCUCUUCAGCGCGACUGUGACCCUCGCGAAACCUCUUAACCCGAUCCCCCUUCUUGAGGGCGGAGUCCGCAUUGUCGAGCCCAUUACUGGCGGAACCAUCCAGGGUCCAGCUUUCAAUGCCACUAUUGAAGGUGGUGUCGCUUCCCCAAUCAUCGUCAAGAGCGACAACGGAACCAAAGCCCAGAUGGCAUAUAUCUAUGCAUACGGCCACGCGAGCGAUGGGUCGCCGUUUUACAUCGAAGAAAGCGGCAUCGGGUCGGGCGCAACUCAGAACACAAGGUUGAUAAUCCAGGUUGGAGGAAAGUACCAGGACCUCCAGACGCUAUAUGUUCUCGGGCAACCAACCGUCAACGAAGCAAGGACUGUGGCAUCAGUUGAGUGUUUCAGCGUACCGCUGCCGUGA